CGUCAAUACAGCAGGAGCAUCCGUGCAGUGCAGGCGCAGUGUUUGUAAAGAGAGGACCCCCAUACACAACACACACACAAUACAACUGUGAUUCAGUGCAUUUUUUUUAAUUGUGCGUAAACAAGCAGGAAGACAAAACAAAUAAUAACAUGAUGGAAGGAAACAAGCGCAACAUCCCGAUCAAAUUGGGCGAGUUCAGCAUCAUCGAUACCGAAUUCAGCAACAUCCGCGAACGUUUCGACGCCGAAAUGCGGAAGAUGGAAGAGGAGAUGAGCAAGUUCAGGUCCGAACUGAUGAACAGGGAAUCGCAGAACUUCAGCAGAACAUCGACCAGGUCUUACGAAUGUGAAACUAUUACUGGAGGGAAUAAAUCGAAAUCCAGCACCAGCACCUCAGAGACUACACAGACCGGUGGAAACGUGGUCUGCAGCCGUCCAGGAGGCGAGAUGAAGACAAUGUUCGAUGACAUGAACUCCCCAUUGAUCCAAGAAGAUGGUAACAGCAAAUGCCUGAAACUGCGUUUCGACGUCAGCCAAUACGCCCCCGAGGAAAUCGUCGUGAAAACCGUAGACAACAAGCUUUUGGUGCACGCAAAGCACGAGGAGAAGUCCGAAUCGAAAUCCGUCUACAGGGAAUACAACCGUGAAUUCUUGUUGCCGAAGGGCACCAACCCCGAGGUGAUCAAGAGCUCUCUAAGCAAAGACGGCAUUCUCACCGUUGAGGCUCCACUUCCAGCCAUCACUUCUGGCGAAACCAUUAUUCCAAUCCACUAGGGAGCGAUGAAACGAAACUCAAGACAAUGUUGCACCCAAAUUUCGCUUAUUACAACAAACAAACAAAAAGAAAUCAACUCAAGAUGAAUAUUUUUCUAUUUACGACCAUGAUGUUUUUUCGUUUUUAUUUCAUUAAUUGAAGAAGAAUGUACGUUUAAUUUAAGCAAAAAGUUAAUAAUAAAUAUAUCUUGUCAUUAUAUACUCGUUUAGUUGGCUAGAAAUAACAAUCGAAAUAUGUGAUAGUGGCAGCAGCAGCUUUUUUUUUCAAAAA